AUGACACCUCCGAGGGGGCUCAAAACGAGUCCCCAGAAUUCGGGGCCCAGGAGUUUCAGGAAACUGUUACCGCCGUCACGAUACACCUACAACGUCAAACUGAACGUCACGCUGGGCGCAAGCGCACUGCCUACUUCCCGCUCGGUCUCGCCCCCCACUCACUUCCGCGAUAGCUCCUCCGGCGCAGGCGCUCUCUCGCAGCAGUCGGACGGGGACCGGGACCUCCAGGAGCACCGGCAGCGCAUCCAGGCGCUGGCGGAGGAGACGGCGCAGAACCUGAAGCGCAACGUCUACCAGAACUACCGGCAGUUCAUCGAGACGGCGCGCGAGAUCUCCUACCUGGAGAGCGAGAUGUACCAGCUCAGCCACCUGCUGACGGAGCAGAAGAGCAGCCUGGAGACCAUCCCGCUGACCCUGCUGCCGGGGAAGCAGCGCACGCUCACCACGCUGCUGGAGAAGGUGGAAGGCUGCCGGCACCUGCUGGAGACGCCGGGGCAGUACCUGGUGUACAACGGCGACCUGGUGGAGUACGAGGCAGACCACAUGGCCCAGCUGCAGCGGGUGCACGGCUUCCUGAUGAACGACUGCCUGCUGGUGGCCACCUGGCUGCCCCAGCGGCGGGGCAUGUACCGCUACAACGCCCUCUACCCCCUGGACGGGCUGGCCGUGGUCAACGUCAAGGACAACCCGCCCAUGAAGGACAUGUUCAAGCUGCUCAUGUUCCCCGAGAGCCGCAUCUUCCAGGCGGAAAACGCCAAGAUCAAACGAGAGUGGCUGGAGGUGCUGGAGGCCACCAAGAGGGCGCUGGGCGAGAGGCGGCGGGGCGAGCAGGACCACUUGAAGUCUUUUGUCUCCAUGGAGUGGGUCCAGGAGCUGCCCGAGGACCUGGACGUCUGCAUCGCCCAGAGGGACUUUGAAGGGGCCGUGGACCUGCUGGAUAAGUUGAACCGUUACCUGGAGGGUAAGCCCAGCCCACCCCCCGUGAAGGAGCUGCGGGCCAAGGUAGAGGAGCGCGUCCGGCAGCUGACCGAGGUGCUGGUGUUCGAACUGUCCCCGGGCCGGUCCCUGCGAGGCGGCCCCAAAGCCACCCGGCGGGCGGUGUCCCANNNCAUCCGCCUGGGCCAGGGCACCAAGGCCUGCCAGCUGCUCCUGCGGAACCGGGCGGCCGCGGUGCACACGGCCAUCCGCCAGCUGCGCAUCGAGGGGGCCACGCUGCUCUACAUCCACAAGCUGUGCCACGUCUUCUUCACCAGCCUGCUGGAGACGGCGCGCGAGUUCGAGACGGACUUCGCCGGCACGGACAGCGGCUGCUACUCGGCCUUCGUGGUCUGGGCGCGGUCGGCCAUGGGCAUGUUCGUGGACGCCUUCAGCAAGCAGGUGUUCGACAGCAAGGAGAGCCUGUCCACGGCCGCCGAGUGCGUGCAGGUGGCCAAGGAGCACUGCCGGCAGCUGGGGGACAUCGGGCUGGACCUCACCUUCGUGGUCCACGCCCUGCUGGUGAAGGACAUCCAGGGCGCCUUGCACAGCUACAAGGACAUCAUCAUCGAGGCCACCAAGCACCGCAACUCGGAGGAGAUGUGGAGGAGGAUGAACCUGAUGACGCCCGAGGCGCUGGGCAAGCUCAAGGAGGAGAUGAAGGGCUGCGGCGUGAGCGACUUUGAGCAGUACACCGGCGACGACUGCUGGGUGAACCUGAGCUACACGGUGGUCGCCUUCACCAAGCAGACCAUGGGCUUCCUAGAGGAGGCCCUGAAGCUGUAUUUCCCGGAGCUGCACAUGGUGCUUCUGGAGAGCCUGGUGGAGGUCAUCCUCGUGGCCGUCCAGCACGUGGACUACAGUCUCCGCUGCGAGCAGGACCCAGAGAAGAAGGCCUUCAUCCGGCAGAACGCGUCCUUCCUCUACGAAACCGUCCUCCCCGUGGUGGAGAAAAGGUUCGAGGAGGGCGUGGGGAAGCCGGCCAAGCAGCUCCAGGACCUGAGGAACGCGUCCAGGCUGAUCCGCGUGAACCCCGAGAGCACGACCUCCGUGGUCUGACGCCGGGACCUGUUUCUGUGGAUCCGUAUAGACUGCUUCUGUAUUAUUUAUAUUUAUGUUAAACGGCAUUAGCAUUUUCAAACACAGCUGAACCAUAAAAGACGCCCUCUCAGCUAGAAACCCAAAAGGAGAAAGAGGAAAAUGUCCAAUUAAGCCCACGUAACAAAAACAGGGCAAUUAAUAAAGUAUAUAAUAUGCUUUUCCUUUUAAAUUAUGCUAACUCUCUAAUGAAUAUAUUGUCACACUGUUAUCAUUUCAGUUCAUCCUUUGAGUCAAAACAUACCUUCUCAUAGUAUAUAUUAUGCAGCAACUGGGAAGUAAUCUCUGUAAGUAUUUUAUGGAAAGUUUUCCAGCUCACCAAAAUGUUGGGUUUCUAAAAGGGUACAGAGCCACAUAAACAACCUGCUUCGUAUACUUCCACACAUAAAAAUGUGAUUGAACAAUGUGGGGGAAAGAAAGGAGUCGAGAAAAUUGGUUUUAGGGUAAAUUUUGUUCCAAAGAAUUCUUCCGUGAAAAUAGCUAGUUUGUGCAAAUAUUCUGAUCCUUACAUAAGAGGAAGCUUUCAUAAACCAGUUCAGCAGACAUUUCCAAUGUGAUUCAAAUGGCUAAUUAUUUCAGCUGCUAAUUAGUAGCUUUAUAAUUGGUUUGGGAGCAUUUACUUGAAAAUCUCAAGGGCUAUGAUAAAUUAUUUUUUCAACAUAUUCCUGAACGGUGUGAAUGCCCAGCCGAAGCGUUUGUCUUUAUCAUUUAAAAAA